AUGCGAGCGCGACGUCCACAAUGGAGUUUUAUCGCUCUGCUUCUCCUGACCAGCUGUGGUAUCUACUAUUUCGCCUUCAGCACGCCAAACAGAAAUGAUGACACGAGUAAGGCACACUCGCAUGAGCUCGAUGAUGCAGAAGCAAAGGUUUUGUGCAAACAGCACCAUCUGGCACUUGCGCCGGACCGCGCCAGACGGAAGAUAUACGACCUUGUGACGAUCAACACGGAGUUAGAUCUACUAGAGAUCAGACUUCACACGUUGGCAGAACAAGUUGACUACUUCGUCCUCGCAGUAUCGACGCACACUUUCACGGGCGUGCCCAAGCCUCCGACUGAGAUUCGAGGAAUUUUGAACCUGACGGAGUCUCCACGCUUCGCAGACUUUAGGACGAAGAUUCUUUUUCACGUCUUUCGACCAGAUCAGACCGGCACUACAGAUCCGUGGGCUCUGGAGCGCGCUCAGAGGAAUUCCCUGCUGAGCAAGCUCCUGUCGAUCCCUGCAGGCUCACCAGAAAGUCCGAAAGAGAACGACAUCUUGCUCGUUUCCGACAUCGACGAGAUCCCACGUCCCUCAGCUCUCACCCUUCUGAGGACCUGCACCUUCCCAACACCACGCAUUACACUUUCCACCACCGCACACCUCUACUCCUUCAACACAAUCCACUCGCUCCCACAGAAACGUCACUGGCUGCAUCCACAAGCCACCAUCUGGCGAUCCACAGAGACGAUCUGGCCUGAAGACCUACGUACUUCAGCCUCUAAACUCGAGUUCAAGUCUCGAUAUCGCGUGAUCGGCGAUGCUGGCUGGCACUGCUCGAGCUGCUUCUCUACAAUUGCGGAGUUUCAGGCCAAGAUCAGGGGCUUCAGCCAUCAAGAGUUCAACCAUCCGGUGUUCUUGGAUCCGGCGCAGAUUGUGAGGCGGGUGAAGAAUGGGGUCGAUCUGGCGGAAAGGGAGUGGGAGAAGUUUGUGAAGGUCGGUGAGACUGGACUCGCGGGUGGAAGUGGAAGUAGGGCCGAUGGGAUAGUGAAGAUGCCUGACUAUUUAUGGGAGAACAAGGACAGAUUCCCGUGGCUGAUUGACCGGGAUGCCGAGAAUGCGAGGUUCCUAGAUUGGGACGGACCUGGUGCAGCUAGUCUGGAGGAGUGGAAUGGCGAAAUGCCAGACAAGUGGCCAGACUAG